CGGCGGCGACGUGCGACGCCGCGUGUGUGUGGCAGAUGGAGACCGCUCACCUAGAUAGAGUGUUGACUGGCAUGAUGGCAGAAGAAGUCCUGGCGGCGUGCGACGCGACGGCGGCGGACGAGCUGGGCGGCGCGCUGGCCGAGCUGCAGGCCGGACAGGCCAACCCCGCGCUGCACUUCUUCAGAGGUCUCCGGCACCGCAACCUCAACGCCAUGCUGACGGCGACUCAGCGCGGUCUCCAAGCCUUGCAGGGGGGCGGCGGCGCGGGCGGGGGCCCGGGGCCGCUGUCUGAGCCCGCUCAUUCGCGUAGGGCUCCGCUGACUGUGCAAGGUUUCAGGGCUAACCCUAAAGAUGCGGAAAGCCACAUCCUGUUCUUCGACAUCGAGGGUCUAAUCGUGGAGCUGCUGAGUGAGGAGUACUCCGCCAUGAGCCCCGCUAGUUUAGAGGCGGCCGGUCUCAUCACGAGUGAAUACAUGAAGGUGGCAGCACUGACGCAGUCUGCCAGCCCUGACGCCACUAAACGGAUAUCCGGCAUCCUGGCUAAGAUGAAGGAAGGUGCUGAAACGAUGCAGACGAAGUUGCAAGCUAAAGCCGAACAAAUCAAGGGCCAUAUGGACCAGAAAGAGCAAGGCUCGAAAGGCCGUCGUCCCAAGGACAUCCCCCUGUCGGACGCCCCCCACACGAUGGAGAUCGCCCAGAUCCUGAUCUCGCUGCUGCACGCCUGGGGGCUGGACCCCGAGCUGGACCGCGUCUGCGAGUCCAAGCUCGGGCUGCUCAGGCCUAUGACAGGCGUAUGUUUCGGCGUGGUCUCCCGCCACGGCCACAUGGCGGUGCAGCUGCCGACGCGGCACGUGGCGCACCUGCUGCCGCCCGCUGAGCCCGACACCAGCGGCCUGCCGCAGGAGCUCGUCAUGCAGGACAGACUUACCAAACUGUUCACCUCCCGCCUGCACUGGGAGCUGAGCACCACCCUGACCACCAACCACCUGCUGUCCAUCGUGUCUCUGGCCAACACGCUCAUGUCUAUGAACCACGCCACCUUCCUGCCUGAUCACGAGCUGGCGAGGAGGAUGCACAGACCGUCAACCCACGGCACGGCAUCCUGGGCGGAGGACUCGGAGCGUCAGCAGGCGCAGCAGCAGCACAUGAAGCAGGGCUGGGCGCUGCUGGCGACCCUACACGCUGUGCUGUUGCCGGAUAAAGUUCUGGCUAGAGGUGCGAAGAGCUUCAAGCGUCCGCAAGUGGAGAUGCUGGCGCGGCGCUGGCAGCACCACUGUCUGGAGGUGCGUGAGGCUGCACAGGCUCUACUGCUGGCUGAAUUGGGCAGGUAA